CCGUAGAUAAUGGACAUUGAGAACGCUCAGCUGCACCACACAUGCCUUCUUCGUGUGACUUGUGACGUUCCAACCUCCGGAAGCAGCACUCGCGAAGUUAAGGGUGCUUUAAACAUGGCUAUGAAUCGUGUGAGGGUAGAUAUAAGAAAAGCUUUGUUCUUGAUCAUAGUCAUUGUGUUGGUGGCCCGUCGACUGCAUCUAUAGAGGGAGCCGCUUGGUAUCCGCUUCUCCCCCAUCUUGGGAUCUCAAAACUUUCGAGAGAUGGCAGAGAUCGCCACGGUAAUUAUCAAGGUUGACUUGCACUGCCGCACCUGCUCCAAGAAGAUCAAGAAAGCACUGUGCAAGCUCCAAAACCGGUUCAACAUCCAAUCAAUCGUCUACGACGAGAAGAACAACACCGUCACAGUAUCCGGCCCCUUCAACCCUGAGUGCUUCAUCAAGAAGCUUCGCUGCCUCGCCUGCAAGGUGAUCAAAGACGUCCAGAUCAAGCCGAAACCCCCACCUCCUCCUCCUCCCAAGGCCCAACCACCAAAGCCCGAACCGCCGCCGCCGCCGCCUGAGUUGGUGGUGAAGCUACCCGUGUGUGUUUUCCCGCCCCCGGGGUGGCCCGUCUGCUGCUACCAACCGUGCCCCUGCUUCGAGCCAAGAAACGGAUGCCGCCGCUGCUGCACCUGCGGCUGGAUCUGCGACGUCCCGUCGCUGCCACAACCGAGGCCCAAGCCAGUCCCGUUGCCGGAGGCCGGGGUGAGGCCGCCCGUGUGUUUUUUCCCGCCCCUGGGGUGGCCCAACUGCUGCCGCCAACCGUGCCCCUGCUUCGAGCCACUCAACGGGUGCCGCCGCUGCUGCUCCUGCGGCUGGGUCUGCAACGGCGCCCCGCCGUCCGCCGCCUGCCGUCCCGGUUGCGAGGUUGACGGCUGCAAGAUCAUCGUCGAGCAGGAGCCUUGUCAGUCCUGCUCUAUUAUGUAAUUUACUAUACGUACCGUUAUUCUCGUUGCAUGAUGUUAUUGCGUAACAGUGAUAGUUAACGGAUAAGAACGUGGACUGAGGUAAACGUCACGUGACUUCCUCUGUCAGUAAUGUACGUAAUAUAAUAUGUGAUGAUAUAUUUUAUGCUGUUA